AUGGCAAUCAAGUCAUUGGAAUCGUUCCUUUUCGAAAGAGGUCUAGUAGGCUCCUACGCCAUUGAGGCCUUGAAUAACUGUACCUUAGGCAUAGACGUCAACCACUAUGUUUCUAGAUUGUUGACAAAUAAGAGAGAGCAGUAUUUGGACGCCAUUGGUGGUUUUCCUACUAGUUUAAAAAUGUAUUUGGAGAGUGAUUUGAAGAUUUUCAAGGAUUUCAAUAUUACUCCCAUUUUCGUCUUUAAUGGCGGCCUGACCUACAAUCAAUUAGAGGCAUCUGGUCACUUUACUGCUGCGUCUGCGUCUGCAUCUGCCUCCAUUUCAUCGGCCGCUGCUUCUAGUAGUGGUUCCAAUGCUACAACAAGAUCGAACACAGAAUCUGUUCUUUUACAGAGAAACAGGGGCUGGACACAAUGGAACAAUCUAGUUAGUUCAAAUCAAAACUCCUACAUUGACCAACCUAUUCAACCUCAAGAGCCUUUUAGACAUAACACUACAAUUGAAUCCAAGGCCUACCAAAACGAUUUAAUUGCUUAUUUUAUUGAGCAUGGUUAUAUGUACCAAGUGGCUCCCUACUCUUCUUGGUUUCAAUUAGCAUACCUAUUGAAUAGCGCCUACAUUGAUGCCAUCUACGGUCCAACCGAUUGUUUAAUGUUAGAUUCUGUUGACAGAUUCAUUUUGGGCAUGGAAUUUCCAAAUAAGGAAUUUAGAUUCAUUGACAGAUCAAGAGUGAUGAAAGAUUUGCGUUGCACCCAUGAAGAAUUCAUUGACAUUGCCAUGGCUGUAGGUAAUGAUUUGCAGCCAACGACAUUACCACCUUUGCAAAUUUAUCCAGUUCCUCAGCUAUUUGAUAUUGCCCUAGAAAUGGUUUUAAAUACGGGAACCAAUUUUUUUGCUUACCAAUUGUCAACGCCAUUACAAAAUGAUUCGAAAGAGAACGUCCAAAGCUAUCAAAGGGGUAUAUCUGCUCUAAGAUAUAUGCCGGUCUUAAAAGAUACAGGUAAAGUAGAACUGUUUGUUCAAGAAGUCGUUGUUUCAGAGGAGGACAAUGAAAAGACCAAUACGGAUGAAAAGAAAAGCAAUAUUUCCUCACCAACCUCUCUAUCAUCUACUGCCUCACCUGCCGCUGCAGGGACCAGAAAUUUCAGCGAAAAGUCAGCCUACGAAAAAUCUGGUACUAAAGAGGUUAGGAAACCAAGGGACAUUCCGAAUGACGUUCAUGACUUUAUCGGUCUGAUGUUACCUCACGAAUACUAUUUCUAUAGAUCCAUAGGGUUGGUUACUGGGAAGCUUUUCGACGCGAUUGUUACAGGCGUUUAUCCUGAAGAACCUCCAUUGGGUGGAGGCUCAACUACUUCUUAUAGAAAAUUAAUUUCUAAAUCUGUUGAAAUCUUUAAGAACAAAGAAAUUAAUUUACUGACGCAACCAAUCAACAGAUAUUACCAAAUCAAACAAAUUAAACAAGUCAAGUGGUACGCGUCAAAUGAACCAACCAUUUUGACUAACAGAAUGUCACCUUCUAUGUUUGAAAAUAUUAAUCAUUUGAUCGUUAAAAAAGAAAGUUCAAUCAAAGAAUAUUUUUCUAUUUCCGAGUUCAUUACAACAAUAAACGCCUCCAAAGAUAUGGCAAAGGAUUUCAUAUCUGAAAAGGUCAUUUUUCCAAACUCCGUUCCAAUCGAAUCCAAACUGAACUCACCCUUUGAUUUACUGUCAACCAACUUCCUAAGAUUAUUAGUACUAUUGGAGUUUUUUACUUACGAUUUUAACGAGAAAGUACUUAAACCAACCAAAUGGGGGGAGGUAUUUUUGAAACUAAACGACCUUGGCAUUAAUACUAAAUACCAUGAAUCAGUGAUUAUCUUCUUAAUGUUUUUAAAGUGCGACGUUUUAAAGCUUGGUGAAGAGGUUCAACCACCGGCUCCUUCUGCCUUAUCUCAAGCAACCCUACGUUCAUAUCCUGAAGAAUCAGUGUAUGUGCUAUUAAUUACACGUGUAUUGACUUUGUUCCAGGUGGAUCAAAAGCCAUCCAACUACCAUGGCCCUAUCGAUAAGAAAACGUUAAUUUUCAGAGAUCAUCUUUCUUUCAUAAAGGAAAAUCUGAAUGAGCUAUUCGAAGCCGUUUUGAUUUCAUCUUUAACCUCAGGUGAAUUCAAUAGAUUGUCGCUUGACAAUUUCGGUUGGGCAAAGGAGAUUGUUAGACAUUUGCCAUUCAAAUUAGAUUCCCCCAAUACCAUCAUGGCCAUGAUGUGGGAGUUCUUCCUGCAAAAAUAUCUUCACAAUGGUAAUGCCAAGAAUGAUGCAUUGUCUUUAGUUGCAACUGAAUUCAAUACUUAUAAAUCCACACCCAAUCUUGAUGAGCAAUUUGUUGAAUCCCAGAAGUUCCUACUAGAAAUUGAAAAGGUCAUGCACGAAUUAAAUGAUGCGAAAUUGAUUAAAGAAAACGAGUUUAAAUUGUUUGCCAAAGCAAUUGAGUUUACCACAACUGCGUUGUCCAGCUAA